GUCUCCUCGCGCGUCCGACUAGCCGUUGGGUUUCGCUACUAGUUGCUCGGAUACACCGCCGCAGCUCAGUGUGAAUGAAUGGAUGAAUGGAACGGCGGGGUUGCCCCCCGAUAGAUGAGGAGACGUGUCAGAGGCCGCUGACCACCGAGCCGUGACAAAGAGAGAAAAAAAACAAAAAACCACAAAGAAAAAGUGAUUUUUCCUCACAUCACUCGAGAACUUUGCUUUUCACGUACGUACGCAUAGAAGCGCGAUUUCUUAUCGGUUCGCGGGAUCGAAACUUUUUUUUUUUUUACCGGUCAGAAAUAGUUCGCAAUUUUUCGAUCGUAUUGUAUAAGUAUUUGUGCAAUUCUGUGCGCGGAGUAAAGAGAGAAAAGUAAAAUAUAAUAAUCGCUAUGAUACGGUCGGAAGAAAUUGUACAGUUUGGGAUUUUUUAUCCCUGAGAGAAAGAAACAUGCGGUCGGAAAAAUCGAGGAGAGGCGAAGAAUUUUCUCAAUUGCCAUCAUCCUUCAACGGAAUCGAAACGAUCGUCGAAUAACCGUGAUGUCCUGAGAAGAGAAAGUUGGGAAGACAAAAGAAAAAAAGAAAAAAAAUUUCCAAAUGGCUAACCGGGGCGGACGGGUGUCACGGAGGUGCCGGCCCACGCGUUUCUGACUUAUUCAUUUAUGGAAAUGUGCAACGGUGUGAAAAAAAAAAGAAAGAAAAAAAGAAAGGAUAAAAGGGGGAAAGGAGAGGCGAAAAACUAACCCCCGCACCUAUUACCGGGAUGUCCGACGCGGCCGGACGAAAACCCCGUUUAUAAAAUAAAAAUAAAAACGAGGCAUGGUUCCCCUCGUCCUCGAGGACGGAAGGUGGCUCCAUAGAUACCAACAAACGGCCUCGUCCUCCCUCCCGAUUUUUGACGAGGACUCCUCGUCAUCUUCAGUUUUCUUGGCUUCCGGUGCCUCGGUGACGACAACGCCGAUACCCUCGGCCUAUCGAAGUAAUUGGGGUGCCAGAAGGGACCCCCUUUACAUCGUCGUACCGGUCACGAUAAUAUACGCGGUUAUAUUUCUCACCGGUGUCGUGGGCAACGUUAGUACUUGCAUAGUAAUCGCUCGAAACAAAUCGAUGCACACGGCGACGAAUUACUAUUUAUUCAGCUUGGCCGUCUCCGAUCUCUUGUUGUUAGUCUCCGGCCUACCGCCGGAAAUGUAUUACAUAUGGUCCCACUUUCCCUAUAUUUUUGGCGAGAUAUUUUGCGUUAUUCAGGGAUUCGCCGCUGAAACAUCGGCGAACGCGACCGUACUGACGAUCACGGCGUUUACCGUGGAGAGAUACGUGGCUAUUUGUCAUCCCUUUCUUUCUCACACUAUGUCAAAGUUAACAAGAGCCGUUAAAUUCGUUGUCGCUAUUUGGCUGGUCGCUUUGUGUCUCGCCGUACCGCAGGCAAUGUCGUUCGGUAUCGUUUACGAGACUCUGGCCGACGGUAGAAUACCUUACGAGGAUCAUUACGUUUGCGCUGUUAAGCGGGUCGUUAUUCCGCACGCCUUUGAAAUAUCAACAUUUGUAUUUUUCGUCGCCCCGAUGACCCUGAUCACCGUUUUGUACGUACUUAUCGGUCUGCAAUUGCGUCGUUCGAGUAUAAUAGCGAGAGGCGGUGCGGCCGGAAGUAGCGUCUCUCUGAAGGCGAGGGGGAUGUUUAAAAAAAAAGAACGAGCGUCCACCGAAGUGGUGGCUGUUAUGUUGCCGGAAGCCUACCAUACCGGGGGUCAAGCGAACGACACCAAUCAAUUGCCCGACGACGGAAGGAAAAAUUACUCGAAAAAUGUUCAGAACAAGGCCACCAAGCACGUCGUCAAAAUGCUGGUUGCAGUUGUGGUAGCGUUCUUCAUCUGCUGGGCUCCAUUUCAUGCUCAACGAUUACUGGCUGUUUACGGCACGAACAACGCGCCCCACAUGGUCGCUGUUUUCAGCGCUCUGACAUACGUUUCCGGUGUUCUUUAUUACCUGUCCACGACGAUCAACCCUCUACUCUACCACAUAAUGUCCAACAAGUUCCGAGAAGCUUUCAAGGACACUCUGGCCAGAUGCUGCGGAAGGGCUCGUCUGGCGCGAAGAAGAACUGCGGGAGGAUUUGCCGGUGGCGCCCAAGGAGGCGUAGGUAGGUGCUACUCAAUCCUGUCGGGCAGAUUCUCUCAGAACAACGAGAGUACGAGCGGAGGGAGUAACGGGGCAGGUUAUUUCGGCGUUGACGAUAACGAGGGACGCGCGGGUGUCGGUAGCUUUCGUUACCUUCAGGAAACGGAGGUGACGAGUCUACGAGAAUUUCGUCGUCCGUUGGUCGUGUCGUUUCGUCGUCGUCGUCGUCACGUGAUCACUUCGAAAUUGGAUACGUCGCCGCAGGAAACAAAAAUUGUCGCCGAAGAAUUAGAGAGCGAGCUUCAGGAGGCGCUGGCGAGUCUAGCGGACGAGAGCAAAUCCCGAUAUCCGAUAUUCCGGUCGCGGCGAACAACCGAGGCCGCUCCGCCAGCGGCAACCGGGAAUAAUUUAUCUUUGCAUGUCGUUUGCAGAGAGCCUCCUCUAGAAAGUGAGAUCUGCGACAGAGAGAUGGUCGUCCUUCACGAAUCGACUUCAACUUCCGGCGGAAAGGAGGCGGGGCUCGGGGAACCGGAAGCGAAGGGGGUGCGGGUAGAGGCGUCGAGUCAGCGCGGAGGAAGAACCUCCGCAGAGGCAGCAGCUCCGCGUUCGAAGCGUACGUCGCAUCGGAACGGGGUGCCGCAGUCCGGUCGCAACGGGGAGAUUUUCGGUCGCGGUAUCAAUCGGGAAGUCGUCGCGAAGGUGGAGGACAUUGAAAUAUUUCAGGAGCAACGUUUCGUCAUGAGGGAGUUGAAGAGGAAUUGCAGGGUUUCCGAAACCUCCGUGGGAGAGCCUCGUUUCUCGCGGACAUCGGGGGGUUUCGCGGACGGUGCGGAAGAGUUGACUUCGAGGAUCGUCGAAUACCGUGAAAUACGUGGAGAAAAUGGCGAGGCAGCGUUCAAUUGAACUACGUAGUCGUAGUCGCCGCGUUUCAGUUAGAUGGGAGAUAUUUACGCCCGGUCCGCUAUUGCCCGCUGAAUUAUUUAGCGGAAUGGAAAUGAUACUUCGCUCUAAAAUAUUACCUCCUUGCGGAAGAGUUACGGGGAGGGUAAUAUAUCUUAACAUCUCGCAUAUGGUAUACGUGUAGAUUUACAUUUAUUACAAGCGUCGCAUUAUACAGUUGAAAGCAGGCUCGUGAUACAGCACUUUGAUAAAGUCCCAAGUCCUGCUAUAGAUCAUAUUUACAUUGUUACGGUAUCGCGAGGAAAUGAAGAAGUCUAUUGUGAUUUCGAAGACCCUUAACCCCGGAGAUGCGCGCGCCCCGUAAAUUUGUAUCACAAAUAUACUUACGGAGGGAUUGUUUGAGGAUAGUACAUUAAAACGUGCCGUACCAGGUGCUCGCCAAAGGGUGGGUCAUUCCGAUUACUUGCGUUCGGUUUUUUUUUUUUUUUUUUUCCACCGACUAUGCGUAAUAUUUUCGUCGAGGAAGAACUCUUGCGAUUGGCGUUGUACGAUAUUUU